CAUCAACCCUUCUAGCAAUCAUAAUAGUUCCGCGCUCGACUUUUGAAGGAUUAAUAAUCAACUGUCGACCAGCCAAUUUGCUGUCGCAAGGAUGUCAGACUCGAAGCAAGUGAUUGCACUUAAAAGUGCUAAAAUAGCAGCUGGAGCUGUUGUGUGCGUUGAGAGUGAAAUAAGAGGAGAUGUCGCCAUUGGCGCUAGAACAGUCGUCCACCCAAAAGCUCGGAUCAUAGCCGAGGCAGGGCCCAUUAUAAUUGGGGAGGGUAAUCUAAUAGAGGAGCAAGCUCUUAUCAUUAACAGUUAUCCUGAGAAUAUAAUGCCAGACUCGGAGGGAGUUGAGCCUAAAACGAUGAUCAUUGGGACCAAUAAUGUGUUUGAAGUGGGGUGCGUUUCCCAAGCUUUGAAAAUUGGAGAUAACAAUGUGAUUGAGUCCAAGGCUGAUGUGGGGAGAAACGUGAUACUGACCAGCGGCUGCAUCGUCGGCGCGUGCUGCCAGGUGAACACGUGCGAAGUCGUGCCCGAGAACACGGUAGUUUACGGCUCAAGCUGCAUCAGGCGUGUGCAAAGUGAAAAGCCGCAGUCACAGACCCUGCAGCUCGACUUCCUCAUGAAGAUCCUUCCCAACUAUCACCACUUGAAGAAAACAGUGAAAGGAAGCGGCACGCCUUUGAGAAACUGACUGUCUUUUGGCGUCAAAAGAAAUCACAGAGAAACUAUCAGCUGCAGUCAAUCAGGAUCGGUAGUAAGAUCCGAAAACACAGAGACACUUUAAUUUCCCACUUUAUGCACUUUUCUUUCAUCUAAGUGUGUUGCUUUGCCUCUAUCACCAAAAAAUAACCAAACCACACCUCUGCUCUUUUACUUUUGGAUUAAUGUUUUGAUUUUUUCGUUAAUUUUGAAAGUAUUUGCACUUGACGUCAUAACUGUCACCAAAAGAAAGUCAUUGAAAAACAUUCCAAUAAAUAUUCAAAAUGAGAUUA